AUGGCAGAAAUAACCUUUGAUGGGUUGAGAGGUCAUCACACACUAGUUAACAUCAUGGAAGAGCCCCAAAUAGACCACGAUGUCACAGAUAAUGUUAAACUCACUGUCAGAGAAGAAAUUCACGAGACUUUGGUCGAUUUUCACAGCGAUAAGAAAAUUGGUGGAAAGUGUAACUUGGCUGAAAAUUUGAUAGAAAGCGUAGUGAAAAUUAUCAUCAUCGAUGCUGAUGACUUUGGCGACGAUACUGGAACACCGGACCGAUACAGGCUCGGAGAGAUUUGGUCCAACAUUCAACCGUUAACCGAUAUCUACGAAAUCAAACAAAAUUUGGCUAAAGAUUUAUCAUUGGUGAAUGUCCCGGCAAGAAGUUUUUGCGAUUUUAAUCUUGCCUGCAUGAGCUUACUGAAAGGCGGGGAGAUUUCGCUUCUCCGUUUUAGCGAAAGCGAAAGUGAAAGUUCGAUUCAUAACACCCUUGAAAAGAGUUUGCCGUUGUACUAUCUAGCUUCCCUAUUCGUACACUACCUGUACGAAUACACAGAAAAUGUGGAGAUCAAAAAGUUACUGAAACGCCAAAACGAGCAUUUGCAAAACGUUUGUAACGUGUUUGAAAAUGCUUUGGAAGUAAACGGGUGGUCUGUUCCAGAUUUAGCGACAACAAGAGAGAAAUUUAAUCAAUUUCAAGCAAGAUUGCCCGGCCUUGCCGACCAGUACAUAAAGAGUGUGCCAGAGUCUCGCUAUGCGAGUACCCACGGCGAGGGGUCUGGGUCGGAGUUGUUACGUCAGCAUAAGCAGUUGGUUAUUAACUACGAAAUUGUCAGCGAGAUUGAGUACGCCAUAACCAGCUUACGUGACGUAUUUGGGACGAUCAAUGAAGAGCGUUUGGGUAAAUUGGGCGAUGGUGGCAGUUUUGGUCUCUAUGAAGAGGUUACUGAAAGGUCAACUAUUUGGAAAUAA